AGAGCAGCAGCUCCUGCGCACCAUCCGCCGCCGCCACCCUCCGGAGGCAGAGAGCAGCUGCUGGCCGCCUUCCAGGCUCUCUGAGCGGCCACACCGUGCUGCUUUCCUCCGCUCAUCCCCGCUGAACACACCGGGAUCUCCGCUCGUUCCUGCCGCCGCCUUUAUUUGGACCCCGUCAUGUCGUCCUGGGAUGGCUGACACCGCCGACUGGAUCUGAACCGCUUCGGAACCGGAGCUGCUGGACUCCUCCAGCGACUCAUCCGCCCCCACGCUGACCGACGGAGGACGAUGGAGGCCGGGCUGAGGUGAACGGAGUCCCCGCUGACCGUCCAGAACCUCUACUGGAUCUCUGUUCUGAGGCCAUCUCUCAUCUCCAGCUAUGACUCCUCCGGCUGACCUCCGACCUUUGCCCGGUCUGCUGGUCUCCGCCGUCGCGCUCCUGAUGGUGGCGAUGUCACUUCCUGCUUCGGCUCUGGAACCGAAGAAGUGUUCCUACAGGCAGUAUCAGGGCGCCGCCGUCAACGUCAGGCUGGCUCUGAACAGAGAGGCGAUAACCAUGACGACCCGCACCAACCAAUCACAGGAGUGUUUCCAGGCCUGCUGCACCAAGGAGGUCCGAACAGGUUCUUGGUGCAACAUGGCCACGUUCAAAGCUAACAAGCGGGCCAAUGAAGAUAACUGCUUCCUGUUCCACUGUCCCACUGAGUUGGACUGUCCUCUGAUGGAGGUUCCUGAAGACACCAACACCUACAACAUCUACAAAGGAUUAGGUCAUCCACCCACUCGGAGACCUGAGACCAUGACAACCACUGUACAGACUACCACCAGCACCACCACCACCACAUCAGCACCAACUACACCAACAACAACCCAACCCACCAGCACAACCAGCACACCAACCACCGCACCACCACUGCCCUCCACUACAGAACCUCCCCCACCCAUCAUCAUCAUUGCCACAGCGCCUCCAGGCACUCCACCAACCACCACUACUACUACAGCCCCAAGAACCACUAUGGGACCUUCUCCUGUCUUCACCUCCAGAAAACCCAACAAAACCACCAAGAAGCAAAACAAAACCACCAAGAAAGGAAAAUCUCAUCUAUCCAUCACCACCACCACCACCCUAGCAGCUUUGAGCUCCACGACCUCACAUCUCGCUCAAACAGAAAGCAAGAAGGUGGAGCAUGAAAUUAUUAGCUUUCCAGAAACUACAACCUCAGCUACAGUCACCACUGUGUCCCCAACCACCAAGACCACCAGUACAACCAUUGCUACCACUACUGCAGCCACCUUCCCCAUGACCAGUCACACUGUUUCUACAACCAGGAGACCAACUACAACUACAAGUCCAACUACAACCACGAGUCCAACUACAACUACAAGUCCAACUACAACUACGAGUCCAACUACAACCACCACUACCACUACAACCACCAUGACUUCCACAUCUCCCACAACCACUCAACGUACCACCAGCAUCUCCACCACCGAACCAACCACCACCGCGACGGCUCAACCCCCGAGUCUGAUCAUCAUUCCCAAAGACACCCUUCAGUCUCACCCAAACUUUCAGCCUGGUCACGCUAAUCUGAACUCCAGCUCCAGUCAGGGGAAGGUGGUAGCGGAGCAGGGGGUAUUGAAGGGUGGUGUGGUGGCCUUCAUGGUUUUGGGACUGGCAGUGCUCACGCUGGCCCUGGCUGUGGGUGGCCGGAAGGCAAUGGAGUCCUUUGACCGGCGACAUUACACCAGACUGGAGCUCAACGACCUUCACUAUGAGAUUUAAGUGGGAAAAUCCACCAUGCCUGCUUUAUUUAAGGUUGUUUAAGUUCUUAACUGCACGUCUCUGGAUUGUCUCCUCACGCCUUUUUUUUUACAAAGGCUGUGGAGAAUCCUGCUCUUUGAUUGGUUAGACUUGGUUUGUUUGCCUUUAAAGUCCUCUAGAAGCAGUUUAUGGAGCAUGAUUCACUUCUGUUUGUUUAAAUAAGGUACCACUCACACUUUUUUUAUUUGUUAGGUCCCGUGACCUGCUAAACGUGAAGGUGCGUUCCCAUUAGCGUGACAAAAAAAUGUGCCACUUUUGCUUGCUGUCCCUCGCCUGACAUUAUCGCCGGCCAUUCGCUCAGUUGGCAACAGCAAAUGCACAGCUGGCAACAAGCCAGAAAUUCAAUGGUACAACAGCGCCAUCUUGUGACGCUUUCACUUAACUGCCACUCCAGCCUCACUCACGCUUCACCAGGCUUGGUCCAUUCUGGAUUUGUCUCAGUAGUAAUAACUGGUUGAGACCACAAACCGCCACUAUCAGCUUAUCUUCCAUGUUGAAUGAAAACUACUUUGUCUUCGCUGCAGUGCUUCACCCCACAUCACAGCCACAUCCGGUUCCUUAUUGGCUGUUGCGGUGUGACAAGACACAAAAUUUUAUCUUUUUCAACUCCAACAACUGUAGCUUUGAAUCCAUUGCAGGUGUUGUGUCGCUCUGGCUUCACUUUAAUUGCAUGUUUUACGUCGCUAGAAUUCCCUCGGAGGCUUUGCAUAGUGUCGCUUUGCGUCACACCGCUCCUAUGUGGCACCUGUGCGUAGGGAUAUCAUGUAAAUCUGUCGCUUGGCCUUCACGUUCAAUGUGAACGCACCUUAACGCCAACGGACUGUCAAAGAAUUUCAUUGGACACAGAGUAGACAAGAAGUUAUCAGAUUCUAGGAAGAAUGGAUGCAGAAAAUCAGUUAAGUCAUUUUUAAUGAUUUUAAAGAUUGUUCUGUUAAGAUCUGAUUUAAUGAGGACUUUAAACACAAACAUAAUGCUCUAAUCUAUGAUCAGUUUAUUGAUUUGACCUUGCAGUUAUAACAAUGAACACAAAGUGUCGUCUUUCUUUCUGUUAAUUCAAUUUAUUAACAGUUACUGUUUUUAACUCCAAGCUGUCAGUGUGGAGUUAAUUUAAGAUUAUUCAUGUUAAACUGAAAAUAUUUUAAUUUCUGAGCAAAGUAUCUUAAAAUAUUGACACAUUUUAAAUUUAUGUACAAAUAUGUGGUAAUUUCUGAUAAGGAACCAAAACUGUGAAAGGUUUUCCAAACAUCAAACCAGUGAAGACUUCUUGAACUAUAUUUAGGUGAUUUUAAUCCUAAACUAAUAGGAAUUGGUUUAUUUAUUUAUUGAUAAUAAAUCCACUGAUAAAACAAGUUCAGCCUCCAGAGGGAAGGGUCUGAUUUGAAUUCAGACCAGGGACGGGGAUGGAAAUGGUUUGAUUUAUAAGAUGCUGCCUGCACUACAGUGAGCCCCUUACAGCGCUCAACUUUGCUGCUAACAGCGCCACAGUUAUCUGCUAACAGCGUUAAGCUAUGCUGCUAAUAGCACCACAGUUAGCUGCUAACAGCGCCACAGUUAGCUGCUAACACCGCCACAGUUAGCCGCUAACAGUGUUAAGCUAUGCUGCUAAUAGCACCACAGUUAUCUGCUAACAGCGUUAAGCUAUGCUGCUAAUAGCACCACAGUGAGCCCCUAACAACGCUAAACUUCGCUGCAAAUAGCACCACAGUUAGCUGCUAAUAGCACCACAGUUAGCUGCUAACAGUGCCACAGUUAUCUGCUAACAGUGUUAAGCUAUGCUGCUAAUAGCACCACAGUUAGCUGCUAAUAGCACCACAGUUAGCUGCUAACAGCUCCACAGUUAGCUGCUAACAGCGUUAAGCUAUGCUGCUAAUAGCACCACAGUUAUUUGCUAACAGGACUAAACUUUGCUGUUAUAAACACUACAGUUAUCUGCUAACAGCGGAAAAGUUAGCUGCUAACAGCGUUAAGCUAUGCUGCUAAUAGCACCACAGUUAGCUGCUAAUAACACUACAGUUAUCUGCUAACAGCGGAAAAGUUAGCUAGUGCAUCAGAGGUUGUUAGUGCUAUUUCAUAUUUUUUUCCAGUCCAGGCCG